AGCUGCCCCUGAACGCAGCACGGGGACGCGCACAGCUGAGAGGAAAACAACGUGAGAAGCGGAUGAAGACAGAAAGCAACAAUGUGGACGGAGGAGAAGAAGAACCAGAGUGAAAGUUCAACCGUCGCAGACCGAGUCAGCUCGAAGAUGGUCGACUCAGAUCUCACAGGGCAGCUCUUCCAGGCGGUUCAGCAGAGAAACGGUUCAGCCCCAGCGGUCACUCUUCCCUCCAGCACAGAGGAACCUUCAACCAGCACCAGUGGGAUCAUCCCCGGUGCGAUUGCAGCCGCGGUGUUCAUCACUUUUUUACUUGCUCUCUAUGCCGUCCUGUGGAAGUGCAUGGUGUCGCCACCACAACGAAAGCACAGCAAGGUGAGGGUGAGACUGCAGCCGAGGACUUCUGUGUGAACACCGGCUCUCGGGCUUGUCUGUUCAGCAGGUUAUUUUGGAUCGUAAUGGUGCGGACUCAAAUCUGAGAGCAGACUUUGCUCCCCCCACCCGUCAGGGAAAAGUACCAGAGUGACAAUAUGACACUGAAGAGGAUCCUCCUAAUGGAUCCAAAGAUCAAACCACCAUGGACUGACUGGACUGAGUGGAUGUGUCACCCUCAGCUUUACUGUGGCUCCAUGACGAUGUGAAACUCUUUUUAUUACCAGGUCAGAUUGUGCAGCUUUUUGUUUUUUUCCUGUGGUUUUCUGUGGACUCGGCACUACUGAGGAACGACACAGCUCGCUCCACUGACCAACAAACUGUUGAGAGAGACUCUGUCAUACAUUAAGUGUGUAUAUGUACAUAUUUUAUACCUGCACCAAAUGGACAGUUGCCUUUCAAACACGUCGUCCAUUCCUACCUUGUAUUUCUAAUGGCAUCACCAGGUUCCAUUUACAUCCAUUUUAUUCUCUAGUUUCUUAAAGAUCCUUUGGAAAAUCUCCUAAAGCUGUGAGGAUGUUCAGGAGGGUUUUUAGACCUGUACUGUGGAAAUCUUUCAUUUCAAAUUUGCUUUUAUACAAUUUACUCAGGAUGAUGUAACUACUGAAACUAUGACUCUAUAAUAAACUGAGUUGUGAAUAUAAAUAAACAGUAAGAACAGUGUCUGUAUCACCACUUGGUAAAAUCUCCAA